AUGGGAGUUCCGAUGGUGAAGAAGUGUUGCUAUUGCGUCAAUUUACACACAGGAACACUGAUCAUCGCGUAUUUGUAUACAGUAUGGGCGCUCCUCGAGCUGACGGCGUACUGUCUGCUGGUGACGUUAGCACCCCUGGGUAAGGACGGCAACAUCUCCAUGCACAAAUACGUGUUGUACGUCACGGCCGCCGUGGUCAGCGGAGUCCACUUGUUGUGCUCCCUCCUGUUAAUCGUAGCCGCCUAUAAGAAGCUGGCGUCACUGACGUUGCCCUGGACGAUAAUCACGGGCAUCCUCACUGCGAUAUUCUUCGUGAUGUGCCUCACUGGCAUCAGUCUCAUCCUGCAGGACUCCGGCGAGACGCUGGGCGUCGAGGCAGUCGUCAUCUUCGUUCACCUGACCAGGGCUUGCGUUUCCGUUUACUGCAUUGUCAUCGUCCACAGCAGACAUAAACAGAUAAUGUACGAGGACGAUGAAAAGAGGUGUCUUACUGAAAUAGAAGAUAAUUAUAAUUUUGGCAGCAACAGUCCCGGGGUCGAGGCGAAGAUGGGCGUGCCGCACAUAACAACGUUCUGCUGGUGCAUGGGCCUGGAGCUGGGAUCCAAGGUGAUCGGAUAUUUACACUUGCUGGUGUCAAUGUCGAUGGUGGUGGUAUGCUCGUUGUCGGCGGCGAGCGCCCGCGCCCAUAUGGGCCUGGAGGAAGACGGGGAGGAGAGGGUCUACUCGCGCUGGUUCACCGCCGCCCUGGUGGUGGCCGUGGCAAGCGUAGUCCACAUCCUUCUGGCAGCCACCCUGAUCUACGCCGUGCACAAGCGCAACACGUGCGCGCUGGUCUCGUGGGUGCGCGUUAUGUGCGCCCUCUUCGUCGCCGCCCUCCUCUACGUCCUCGUCUCGAUGGUCGCCUUCAAAGCGCACGGCUCCGGCUCCGAGAUAUUCUUGGCGUUCCUCGAAGGAGUUCUGUUCUUCGGUAUCCUCGCAUACUGCAUCCUGUGCGUGAACAGCUACUACCUGGUGCUGAAGAGCACCGAGGACAUGGUUGGACCGAACAAGGUUGAGUAU